AAACACAACUAGCAGAGCUGCCAUUGAGACGCUUCUCACCGCGGGCUGAGAGCCGGGGGUCUGUCCAGUGACGGAGCUCCGCAGUGUCUCAGAGGGGACACACAAAGACAGACAGACACAAAGACAGACAGACACAGACAGACGCUACUUCUUUCCUGUUUCCGCACGUUUAACCUUUAACUUACUUGCGCGCUUCUUUCUCGUCAGCGGCUCUUGUGCUGGGUUUAUUUCUCGUUUUUGGUUUUUGUUCAUCUUCACCCUGAACUCGUCUUCACACCAACCUGCAGCGUAACGUCGCCGUAAUCCUUCAGAAAACUGCGCAGAGCUCACAGGUGCUGGGACUACUUUACCGAAUGGAGGCGCACACAGUCUCGGGCGUGUCAGCGCGCAGCCUUCCUCUGCUUUGUCUCUUUGGUGUGGGCCAUCUAUCUCACCAUGGACAGCCUGCUGAGCGGAGCCAGUGAAGGGGCCAGGGCUCUUCAGCCUGCACAGACCUCACCACGUCAUAGAUGCCACUUGCUGUCUUUACCUCUGUGAGAGUGACUGUUGGGGAAACAAUAAAGCGUAAAUUCCUCUCAGCUUGAACAAAGGAGCCAUGCAUCCGCUGCUCUCCCUCUGCGUCUUUUGGCUGCUGCCCGUGGCCUCGGUGCUGGAAGACGCCUCACCACUGGACUGUGUUCCCCGCAAAACUGUGCCCCAUGAUAGGGUCAAGGCUCACCUGUUUCACGAGAAAGGUGUUUUCAACUACUCCACCAUGUUGUUGAGAGAAGACCUGGAUCUGCUGCUGCUGGGUGCCAGGGAGGCAGUGUAUGCUCUUGACCUCAACGACAUCUCCAAGAAACAUGCCUCAGUGAAAUGGGAAGUGACGAAAGAGCAAAAAGAUGAGUGCACAAACAAAGGCAAAGAUCCUGAGAAGGACUGCAUGAACUAUAUAAGGAUAUUACAUAAGAUGGAGGAUAACAGGAUGUAUGUGUGUGGAACCAAUGCCUUCGAUCCAGAGUGUGAUUACAUGUCCUAUGCAGAUGGGAAGCUGACUCUCGAGAACAAAGGAGAGGAUGGCAAAGGGAAGUGUCCAUUUGAUCCUUCUCAGAGAUACACCUCCAUCAUGGUUGAUAACAACCUAUACUCAGCCACUUCAAUUAACUUCCUGGGCUCUGAACCAAUCCUGAUGCGCAGCUCUCCUGUCUCCAUACGCACCGAGUUCAAGACUUCCUGGCUUAACGAGCCCCAUUUUGUUUCUAUGGCUCAGAUGCCAGAGAGUGACAAAAAUGAGGACGGAGAUGACGACAAGGUUUACUUGUUCUUCAGUGAGACAGCUGUGGAGUGCGACUGCUACAACAAACUGAUGGUCUCCCGUGUGGCCCGCGUCUGCAAGGGGGAUCUUGGAGGUCAGAGGACUUUGCAGAAGAAGUGGACAUCCUUCCUGAAGGCCAGGAUGGACUGUCCGGUGCUGGAGUCUCAGCUGCCGCACAUAAUCCAGGACACUUACCUCUGGUGUGACCCCCAGCAGCACUGGAAGAACUGUUUGUUCUAUGCCAUCUUCACACCACAGUGGGGCACAUCAGACCUGUCUGCAGUGUGUGCGUACCAGGUGUCUGACAUCAGCAAAGUGUUUGCCCAGGGGAAGUACAAGACUCCAGUCCCCGUAGAAACCUCUUUUGUUAAGUGGGUGAUGUAUAGCGGAGAUGUCCCCGUCCCUCGGCCUGGAGCUUGCAUAAACAACGAGGCUCGUAAAGCGGGUAUAAAUCAGACUCUGGACCUCCCUGAUCGGACCCUUCAAUUUAUCAAAGAUAGGCCUCUCAUGGACCAGUCUAUCCAGCCAAUAGGAGACAAGCCACUGCUGGUGCGAAGGGGAGCUACAUUCACACGCAUCAUAGUCAAUGAAAUGCAGGCCGCAGAUGGCGAGAAGUAUCACGUGAUGUUUGUUGGUACAGACGAGGGCACCAUGCUGAAAGCGGUGAACUACGAUGGAGAGAUGUUCAUCAUAGAGGAAAUACAACUUUUCCAGCCCCCGGAGCCAAUCAAGAUUCUGAAGUUUUCUAAUGUCACGGCUCAGCUCUAUGCAGGUUCAGACUACGGAGCAGCACAGAUCCCACUGGCCAGCUGUGAGAGGUCCUCAUCCUGCAUGGACUGCGUUCUAGCAAGAGACCCUUACUGUGGCUGGGACAAUGUUGUUCGGAAAUGCGUUGCCCUCUCGAGUUCACAAAGAAAGCUGAUCCAAAGUGUGAAAAAAGGAGACGCCUCUCUUUGCCCAGCUGCUGAUCCUUUUAAACCAGUGAAUCAGACCAUCUGGCCUGGUAGCAACACGAAGCUCCAUUGCCCUUCGCCUUCCAACUUGGCAGAAGCCAGGUGGGAGCGGGACAAAAAACCUCUGACCCCCUCAGACCGUUUUCAGCUACUGCAAGACGGACUGUUUAUCUUCAACGCCUCAGACAGAGAUGGUGGUCGCUACCGCUGCCUGUCUGUGGAGCGCUCGAAAACCAACGAGUACACAACCACUGUGGCAGAGUACCAGCUCACAAUAGCCACAGCAGGCAAGGGCAAGGGCGUUGAUAUAUUGUCUCCACAAGCCCAGAAGGACGGCCCCUCUGUGGCUGGACUGCAGGCCGUAGUAGUCAUCCUGGUAAUUUCCCUACUUGCUCUUUUGGCCUGGAACUUUUACAAAGGGCACAUACCACUUCCCUGUAAGUGUGGGAAGAAAAAUGGCAAACAAUCCCACGAGGAGGGGGGGCUGAACUCUGAGCGCUACCAAGAGGCACAGAGGUCUGCGCCGGCAGAGGACAAGCCCAUGGUGUCUGUAAGAGACAACGGCAGAAGCAAUAACAACCACACCAGAGAGGAGGUGGAGUUCCGUGCUGCAGGGGAGAAUGAAUAACCAGAGUCAGAAAUUGGAAAAUGACAAGCAAAUCAUUCAGUUUACUCUUGAGGGGAGUUUUAAGUUUAAAAAUGAGUGGGUAAGGCAGAAAACUUUUGUUUCAAAGCACAAAUAGAUUCAUCGGUUCGUCUGUAAUAUCUGGGCUGAGACGUUGAUUUCCAUAAGAAUUACAUUAGGUUGGAGUAAAAGGGAAUUUCCAGGUUAACGAAACCUUAUUUUGAGAAUCUAUGAACUGUGACACCAAAAGUUCCUUUUUGUACAAAUGAGUUGCUUGAAUUUCAACAGUAGAAUGUACAUUUUAAUAAGUAUGUUUUUAGUUUUUUACUAAUUGUUGUAAAUUCUGUUAUGGGUUGAAUUUUCUUGUAAAGAUUGGUGUGGUUUUUGACAGGGAAUGUACAAUGACUAAAAUUGAGCCAAUUAAUUCCUAACCACUAAAUGCAAAGAUUUGUUUUGUUGUAUUAAAACCUUUUUCUACCAGA